GGCCGCCCAGGCGGUUCCCAUCGCCUGUUGUUUUUCCCCCGUUCCCUUCUCCCUUCGACUUUUGUCUCCCUCCUCUAUUGCCACCGGUUUUGACGAUAUAUCGUCGUCGUCGUCGUCUGCGACGUUCCGCUCGAGGCUCUUAAGCUCAACGACGUGUCAUGUCGUUGAAACGCAUUUUGAACGAUGAGCCUGCUCCAGGCCCAUUAUCUUAUACCGCUCCUCGGCCAAUCCACGUUGAUUCACACCCGUCGUCGAGUAAAGUAACACCGGGUCAAUCCCUUCUCCCUCUCCUGGGGGGCUCAGAGUUACCCCCACUUAAUCAGCCGUACCCCCAGAAGCCGUUCCCAUCCCUUCCGAGCUAUCCAUACCCACAACAUGACUGGUCGCCGAAUGAAUCAUUCGCAAUGGAGGAGAGGCGUAGAAGAGAGGAGGAUAGCGAGUAUGGGCCCCAAAGAUCAUUUUCUUCGCUCCGAUCAUCCUCAAGUGAGGCACCUAUGGCCUCACUCAAAGAUCCACAACGGCCUCUGCCUGCCAAUAGGACUGUGGAAGAAGCUCAAAUGGCAUCGGACCUAGAGGACUUUGAAGACGUGUGGGCUGAGGAACUCAAUGUCUACGCGGCCGAGACGCGCAAACGGAAAUUAGAUGUGGAACAGUGGUACGAAACAAGCGUGCUGGAACGCAACUCCUCUGUCGCGAGAUCUGUGUCGCACUACUACUCGACGAAGAUGUCAAAAGCCCCUGCCAUGGCUGUGCGUUCGCCAGGACAUGCAGAGGAGAGUUCACGCGCAUUAUCCCCAGCCAGCGAUCACUCUUACACCAUGGACAACUAUGCAUACGAUCCCCCACCGGAGGUUUACGGCGACGGAUAUCGUGACCGCGAGUAUACGUCUUCAGUCAGAGAGAUCCCGCGGCUGCCGCCUCCUCCCGUGCCCGUUGCUCCGAACAAGGGCAAAGCUAAGCGCCAGUCGAAGGUCAAGGCGGAGACGCCGGCUGGGGCCGCUGCACCACCCGAACGACCCGCCAAAAGAAGGAAGGUUGCUGCUGCACGCGUUGAAGAGCCUCUUCCGACCUCCGACGCGAUGGACGAAACGAACGUUGAAUGGGUGCCAACGCCGCAACCCCCAUUUCCAUCCCGUGCGACAGAAAAAGCGCGCGAGGAACCAGCACAAUCAAUUUCUUCGAUAUCUGCAGCCAAAGCUCCGCGUAAGAAACCCGGUCCCAAGAAGAAAGGAUUUGGCCCCGAGUUGGAGAUGCAACGGGCCUCACUGGCUCCGUCUGUGGCAAGUGACGUAACCCCGGCUUUGUCACGGCCGUCGUCGCGCCCUUCAUCGCCCGGGCCUAUUGCCAAUCCCUACUAUUUCGAGCUCGACGAGCAGAUUCCGCCGCUCAAGAAAGCCAAGAAAGUGGAUGAUUCAGUGAUGAUCAAGCGGCUCAGGACCCUCGAGGAGACGCAACGGAAGGUCUGGACUAAUAUUGCUCGGAAGGACGUCGCCAAGGUGUACAAAUAUCAUGUUUCUGGAUACGAAGCUAAGCUCAAGCUGACGGAGCGGGUCGCCAAAGUCGUCUCUGUGCAGGCGCGCAAGCCCUUCGCGAAAACAAACAAGACGACCAAAGAGACACAGACGAAAGCCAAACGCUUGAUGCGCGAGAUGCAAGUGUUUUGGAAGAAGAACGAGCGGGAGGAGCGCGACGUGCGGAAGAAGGAACACAAGGAGGCCAUGGAUCGUCUCAAGAUGGAGGAAGAAAAGCGCGAGGCCGCCAGACAGGCUCGCAAGCUCGAGUUCCUCAUCAGCCAGACGGAAUUGUACAGUCACUUCGUGGGAAGCAAAUUGAAAACUUCUGAAGUAGAGGGAGAAGGCGCUGAUACGGCUGCGCCUGCGGGUGCCGACCUCGAAGACGUGGAUCGCGCUAACCUGCAAGAUAUAGACUUCGACGAUGAGGAUCGCACCAACUUGCAUUUGCAUGCCAGAGCGAAUGCACAAGAGGCCAUGGCUAUGGCCAAACAACGAGCUCAGCAGUUUGACGUCCAAGCUGCAUUGGACCGCAAGACCAAUGAGGCGCUCAAACUGGCGAAAGGCCAAGCGCAUAUUCACGACGCUACCGACGAGACGACGGAAGGAGCGUCGACAUCGGCUCCCCUCGUGGAUCUGGACUCCGAUGAGCUCAACUUCCAGAACCCAACUUCCUUGAGCGGUUCGCUCACCAUUGGUCAACCGAAAAUGCUCACGGCUCAAUUGAAGGAGUAUCAGCUGAAGGGAUUGAAUUGGCUCGCGACGUUGUAUGAGCAAGGCAUCAACGGAAUCCUGGCGGAUGAGAUGGGUCUGGGAAAGACCGUUCAAUCGAUAUCUCUGCUCUCGUAUCUGGCCGAAACGCAUGAUAUUUGGGGACCCUUUCUCGUGGUGGCUCCGGCGUCGACCUUGCACAACUGGCAACAGGAGCUGACCCGCUUCGUACCUCAUCUGAAAGCUUUGCCGUACUGGGGUAACGUCAAGGAUCGGGCGACCUUGCGCAAGUUCUGGAGCAAGAAGGAAAUCACGUACAACAAAGACGCCCCGUUCCACGUCUUGAUCACAAGUUACCAGCUCGUCACUCAGGACCAGCAAUACUUCCAGCGUGUCAAUUGGCAGUACAUGAUUCUCGAUGAAGCUCAGAACAUCAAAAACUCGUCCAGUGUCCGAUGGAAAACUCUGCUUGGGUUCCACUGUCGCAACCGACUGCUCUUGACCGGGACGCCCAUUCAAAACUCGAUGCAAGAGCUGUGGGCGCUGCUGCAUUUUAUUAUGCCUAGUCUUUUCGAUUCUCACGACGAGUUCAAUGAAUGGUUCUCGAAAGAUAUCGAGAACGCAGCGGAGAACAAGGGAAGUAAACUCAACGAGCACCAGCUCCGUCGUCUCCACAUGAUUCUCAAGCCUUUCAUGCUGCGGAGAGUCAAGCGCCACGUCCAAAAUGAGCUCAGUGAGAAGAUCGAGAAGGAUAUCUAUGUCGACUUGAGUGCAAGGCAGCGGUCGCUUUACAAGGCUUUGCUCCAGAAUGUUUCAAUCACAGACUUGCUCGAGAAAGCUGCCAAUAUUGGCGACGCUGAUUCUGCCCGGACGUUGAUGAACUUGGUGAUGCAAUUCCGCAAGGUGUGCAACCAUCCCGAGCUUUUCGAACGUGCGGAUGUGGUUGCACCCUAUUCGUUCGCGCUCUUUGGCCGACCUGGACCUCUCAAUCGAGAGGGUGAUUUUGUACUAAUGCCAUACUCAACGAGGAACCCGAUCGAGUUCUCGGUCCCAGAGCUGAUGUUCACUGGCGGUGGAUUGUUGCGAGUACCGUCGGAGGAUUCGACCGUUCCGUCGCAGAGCAGUUGCCUCAACAAACUCAUGAACAUUUGGUCCCUUGAUUGGGUUCAUCGUUCGCUGUAUGAGGAGGCAUCCUCGUCUUUCUCCUUCCUGCGACUCAUCGACAGUUCUCCUCGAGAAGCCCACGAUCUGCAUCUAGCGCCGCUGAUUAGCCGUCGGUUGACUGCUAUCCGGCACGACAUCUCGGCUGUCGAAGAGGCGCCAUUCUACUGUGAGCCGUCGUUCGCAGCCCAUCAACUUCGGAGCGAAUUCAAUGUCCCGCCACUAUCUUCUCGGCUUCGAUGCCUAGAACGCGUCCCAGGACUGCCGGAUCUCCAAGCGAUCAGUCAAACUGCGUGGUCCCUCAGCUGUCUGUCUCGACCUGAGUUGAGAUGGUUUGUUCCUUCUGUGGUCGCUCCUCCGAUUUCGAUGUAUUGCACAAAUCGGGUGUUCCUGGAGAGGCAGGAGCAGCUGCUUGAUGCACCGUUGGAAACCCUGGCACUGUUCGGUCUUCCUGCCGAGUUCCGAGACUCGCAGGACGCUUGCGAUCGGUACUGCGAGCUCACUCACGGGCUCGACACGCAAGGUCUGUUCCGCAACUCGCCUUCGGAUCAGAUGCCUCCUCCGACCAUGCAAGUCCCCGAGGCCAAGCGUCUAAUUUACGAUUCUGCCAAACUCGCAGCGCUGGAUGCACUUCUCCAGGAGCUCAAGACAGGCGACCACCGAGUGCUCAUCUACUUCCAGAUGACCCGCAUGAUGGACCUCAUGGAAGAGUACCUCAUAUAUCGUCAAUACAAAUAUCUGCGACUGGAUGGCUCUUCCAAGAUUGAGGACCGGCGUGACAUGGUCAUCGACUGGCAAACCAAGCCGGAUAUCUUUGUGUUCAUUCUGAGUACUCGGGCCGGUGGUUUGGGCAUCAAUCUGACUGCGGCGGAUACUGUGAUAUUCUAUGACCAUGACUGGAACCCUUCGAACGAUGCGCAAGCCAUGGACAGAGCUCAUCGACUUGGCCAGACACGUCAGGUGACCGUCUACCGCCUGAUCACCAAGGGCACAAUCGACCAGCGCAUCGUCCAGAUGGCGCGCGUGAAGAAAGAUGUCGGUGCUCGUUUCAAAUCGCCUCCUGACGGGGGCUCUGCCAAACUGUUCAAUGUCGAGGGUGAUGAUAUCGACGACUUCUUCGGCCACUCCGGUCCGUCAGCCCCAGCCCCGAUUAAUUCCAAUGAGAACGGCGAGGAAGAAAAUCCCACAGGGACCGGUGCCCGUGGGAAGAAACGCAGAGGCACUGGAGCACCCCGCGGGCGCAAGCCAGGUCGUAAGAAAGCUGAUCAGUAG